UUCAUUUUAUUCAGAAACUCUUAAUAAUUUUCCGUGCGGGAUUAGAAAAUUCAUCUGUUCUAAUGUUUUAAAUGCACAUGUGUCGUAUUCAUGGGUCUUUCUGUCUUUUAAAUUACGCCGGUCUCGCCCAUUUCAUCCGUGCGAUGAAAUGUAUUGCACGGUCUACUUUUUAUUAAAUAUGUUCAAAACAGGCAUUCCAGGAUUGAGUAUCGGUAAAUUGAAUUUUCAAGAUACUCAAAAUGCUGACAACAAGUCAGUAGAUUCCAAGAUGUUGGUUUCAGAGUUUAGUAUUUGAAAUCCUUAUCUGAGUAUAUAUACAUAUUGAAUAAGAAUUUUAAUAAACAUUCAAUAUGUAUCAUAGCCUUUAUCAUCCAUCAUGGUUGGUGACCAAUCAAGCUGCAAAGACACCAUUUCUUUUAACAUACGGUGAUGUAUCAUUCAUUCCUAUAGAUCAUUUAACUGCUUUUAUGCCAACAUCCUUACAGCAACAGCAACCUGUCUUUGCAACAUCACAGAUUGCUCUUGAUAUUUCAAAUAUGAAAAGGGUAUCAAUGAAUAUGUUGAUGCACAAUAUGGAAUCUGCUAACAGUUACAUGCCUUUUCUCAGGAGGCGGAACUUUAAUCCUCCUAUAUUAGAUAGACAGUUUUCUAAAGAAAGUCUGGUCGAAUCAGCCGGUGGCGAUAGUGGUGUUUCCAGUUCUCGUUCCUCCACUCCAUCUUCUGUUGAAACAUCAAGUAGCACAGAACCCAAAAGUGUAGGCCUCGUGAAUAAUGGACUGCCAUCUAAUUCGUUACGUCCUCGGAGAAAAUUUGAUCAUGCUAACAGUUCUCAGAGACAGAAUGUUCAUCGACGUUUUCAGAAUCAAAAGCGUUUUCCACAGAAUUCUAAAGUUCCAAAUGGAAACAUUCCAUCAAGAAAAAUUCCUCAGCAUCCUAAAGAUGAAUGGUAUAAUGUUUCUGUUGGUAUUUGGAGCCAUUAUAUGAAGACCAGGCAAAAAGAAGAAAUGUACAUAAAGAAAAUGCAUCUUCGCACUGCCGUACAUCUACUUCUUGGUCAAAUCUUUCCAAAUUGUGGUUUGAGAGUUGUUGGGUCUUCUGUGAAUGGCCUUGGUACUAAUAAUAGUGAUGUUGAUAUGUGUCUUGUCCUUGCUUCACCUGUAGAGAUUGAUCAGCAAACAGAAGCAAUGCAACUUCUUCAGUGUGCUCAAAAACUUCUUAAUCAUUGUUCAUUUGUGAUAAGUACAGAUCUGAUCACAGCAAAAGUACCAAUUCUGAAGUUCACAGAAAAGUAUAACAACAUCCAAGUCGAUUUAAAUAUUAAUAAUACUGUUGGCAUUGCAAAUACCCAACUUCUAGGAACUUAUAGCCAGUUAGAUUGGAGAGUUCCUCCUUUAGUACUAGUCAUUAAGAAAUGGGCUCAAGAUUGCAAAAUAAACAAUGCCAAAGAAAUGACUCUUUCUAGUUAUUCACUUGUGUUAAUGGUGAUACAUUAUUUGCAAUGUGGAUGUGAUCCUCCUGUCCUUCCUUGCUUGCAGAAAUUGCAAUCGCGGCGUGAUCCUGGAGAUUAUUGGAAAAGCCUGAUACCUUAUGGAGAUAACAGUAUUUUCCGGUCAAAAAAUACACAGUCUCUAGGGAGUCUCUUGUAUGGGUUUUUUGAGUACUAUGCAGAUAAGUUUGACUUUUCAAAAGAUGUUAUUUCUGUUCGCCUGGGAUGCAAACUCCCAAAACAAGUUGCAAUGAAUUUCAGAUCUACAAAGAAUAAAAGAGGACACUGGAAGUUUAUUUGUAUAGAAGAGCCUUUCAAUAGAACAAAUACAGCCUGUGCUGUUUAUGAUGAAGCAUCAUUUAACAGAAUUAUGAAUGCUUUCAAAACAACUUGGCAUUGCCUUAAAGAAAAGAAAGAAUUAUCAUCUGUCCUUGGUGUUCCAGCGUGUACUUAUGAAACGGCUGUUAAAAAAGGAUCCUAGAGUACCCCCCCCCCUUUUUUUCUUACCAAGUGUUUUGAGAAAUACUUUGCUGUUCUGCUUGAUAUCAAAUCGGAGAUCCUGCAUAACUCAUAUGGAAGUCAUAUAUGCUCAAAGCUGUAAUGUAAAAAUUAAGUACCUCAGAUAAUUUAUUUUGUUUAAACUAUUAAACAUAUUAGCUUUUCUGAGUAAAGUGGCUUUAAAAUAAUUCUAGAAUAAAGAUAAAAAGUGUGGAGACUUUUAUUGUGCAGUUAGAUUAUUUUUUUUUUUUAAUUGUAUGAUUUGGAGCAGUUUAAGUUUCAAAUGUUCAAUGAACGUUAAGUCCCUGUCUCAACCUGUAUAUAAGCUGAUAAAUAAGAUGUAUAACUUUAUACUGUUUGUAUAUUUUACUGUAAGUAGUUUAAAAUAAAGAAUUCUGAUUUAA